AUGGGCGCGCAUAAGGGAAGCUUCCGCACCCUAGCGGAGGGCGUGGACAGCUUGUCCGACACGAAGGAAGAACAGACCAUUUUCCUCUACCCGGGCAUUUACCACGAGCAGGUGUUCAUCACACCGCUCGCGGGUCCACUAGUGCUACAAGGUUACACCUGUAACUCGGAGUCGUAUGACGACAACCAGGUCACGAUUACCCAGGCGAAGGCACAAAGAGACAUUCCGCUCAAUGUGACUGGAGACCGCAACUGGCCGACCAGCACUUUGGGUCUCGCGGCGAGCAACAUCAAAAUGUACAACCUCAACGUGGCCAACACGGCCGGUAAAAUUGGUGGCAAGGUCGGUCAGGCGGUGGCCGUAUAUGCCAAUGGAACCGACUACGGCUUCUACGCCUGCAACUUCUCCAGCUACCAGGACACUUUGUGUGCUCACAAUGGUCGCGAGUUGUAUGCCCGCACAUUGAUUCGGGGUGCUACCGACUUCAUCUUCGGUAUGAACGCUCAAGCGUGGUUCGAGAAAUGCGACAUCGAGGUUGUCGGAAAAGGUUACGUCACGGCGAAUGGACGCGAGAGCGAGUCUAACCCGUCUUGGUACGUCUUUAACCACGCAAACGUGUUCACGGCCAACGCCUCUUUGGUUGGCAAAGCGUACCUCGGUCGCCCGUGGCGUCCCUACUCGCGUGUUGUCUUCCAGAAUAGCGAGCUGAGUGACGUUGUGAACCCGGAAGGCUGGAAACGUUGGAACAAUGACACCAACACUGCCAACAUCUUCUACAAGGAGUUCAACAACAGCGGUCCUGGCGCGGCUAUCGACCAGCGUGUCCCCUUCAGUGGUCAGUUGAAUGAAGCUGUGGUCAUCUCGGACAUCCUCGGCGAGAACUACGGAUCGGAGUGGUGGGUUGACACCGAAUACUUGUAA